UGCGCUGUCCACUUCAGCACCACAAAGCCGAGCGGAGGCAGCGGGCUAGCUAACACGGGUGGGACUGAAGAUACGGCUCAACAUCAGCACCAGCGCCAACCCGAGUCCCAGAUACAGAAAAUACUGAAAAUUAGCCAGCGAUAUUCGACAGAAACACCGACAGCAAGGAGGCAAGCGACUACAAAAAAGAUUCAGUAAUCAUGUAUGAUGCAACAAGGGUGCCGUCUCCGAAAGAUGGUGCAAACGGUUUGGCCCAGCCGGUUGUCCCCGGAGCAGGAGCGGGAACAGCUGUAGGAUCUGGAGGGCCAACUGCAACUACAGUGCUGCAAGCUAAAACUGAAGAGGGGCAGCCAGUUAAGGAGGAGGAGGAGGAGCCCAAAGCAGAGCCUGUCCUGGUGAAGAAGCCCCACAGAGAGAUUCUGGACCAUGAGAGGAAGAGGAGGGUGGAGCUCAAAUGUAUGGAGCUCCAAGAGAUGAUGGAGGAGCAAGGGUACACAGAAGAAGAAAUCCAACAGAAAGUAAGCACAUUCAGACAAAUGCUGAUGGACAAAGAAGGCGUUAUCACCAGAGAAGGCUCCCACACACAACCAAUGGUCAACCACCUGCACUAUCCCCCUGAUGGGUAUGAAGAGGACCCUGAAGUGAUUGGCUAUGAAGAUGGAGAUUAUGGGCAUGACUACCAUGGUGACAACAGGGUGAAGAGGAAAUCAAGCAGCUCACCUUCCCCUCGUCCAAAGAAAAGGAAGAAGAAGAAAUCUGGCCGUCGAAGGAGUCGGUUUGGCAGCUCCUCACCCACUCACAGAGAGAAGAAGAAAAAGAGUGGGAAGAAACACAAACGAGACAGAUCUGCAUCUGGCUCCAGGAAAAAGAGAAGACACAGGUCGGGAAGCCCAAAGAACAAACAUAAAGACAAGAACAAACAGAAAAAGAGGUCCCCUGAUGAAACACCCAGCAGGAGUUCACAGCGUCAAGGCAGCUGCUGCAGCUCUCGAAGUCCCUCCUUGUCUUCCAUCAGGAGCGCCUCCAGAUCACCCACCAGAUUAAACUCCAAACACAAGACGGACGGUCAAAAGAUGUCUGACACCCCACAGUCCCCGGCCCCCGAGAGUCCCACCACUUGGCACAACGGGGACCACACCCAGCGAAGCCGCAACGGCAAGGCCGGCAGACUCAACCACACCGAUGGCGAGAAAGGGAACGAUAAGUUCCACAUGCUGACUGCCAGCUCUGCAAUCGUCCAGUCAUCUCUGCUGAGAGAGCACAAGAUCCACAGCGCCCCUAUCAGGAACCAGAUGGGAAAGAUGUGUGUGGCAGAAGAUGCUGGGAGUGUCGAUGGCAGGGGCACAGCUAUAGGGAGCUCUCUGAGCAAGGCGUCAGGGAGGAGAGGAGGCCAGAGAGGUCAGAAUAAGAGCUCCCACUCCCCUGCUCACAGCAGUGAUUCGACCCACUCCCAUCACAACCAUACUUACAGAGGGAGGAGCUCUCGUCACCAGAGAAAGGGAAAAGGUGGCCACUCUUCCAAGAGACACCACCGAUCCAGUCGGGGUCAGGCACGCCACCGGAGCACAUCAGCGUCUCCAGGGCACCAAUCACACACGUCAGCCAACAAAGUCGGGAGCAAGGCAAACCUCCGACAGCGCAGCAGCUCCUGGAGCAGCGGGCGUUCAUCCUCGCCCUCUGCCUCCAAAGACAGAGGACCCAGCAAGGCCAAGUCCCCACACAACAGGCAGAACGCCUCCAGGGACAGGGAGAGUGCCAACCGCUCUGACACUGACAGCCGAGCUCGCCGCCGUUCACGCAGCUACUCACCUAUCCGCAAAAGAAGAAGAGAUUCACCCAGCUUCAUGGAGGCUCGCAGGAUCACCAGUGCUCGGAAGCGGCCGAUCCCAUACUACCGGCCCAGUCCUUCAUCUUCCAGCUACGACAGCAGCCCGUCACGAUCCAGCCGCAGCCACAGCCACAGCUACAGCAGCUACAGCCGCAGCAGAAGUCACAGCAGGAGCCACAGCAGGAGCCGCAGCCAGAGCUGGAGCCGCAGCCACAGCUGGAGUCGCAGCCAAAGCCGGAGCUGGAGUCGCAGCAGGAGCCGCUCCCGCAGCCACCACAGUUAUUACAGCCGCAGCAGCUAUGACAGCCCGGGGUUCUGAUGGCAACCAGCAGAACGAGAACGACAAAAAAAAAAAAAAAAAAAAAAAAAAAACAGGAACAAAAGGAGAAGUGCUGUUAAACCUGCUGCACCCCGGUAGAUUCAUUACGUAUCCUUAGCAAGUCCUCGGCAGGGGCCGCACAGCUGUACAGCCCGGGAUCCAAAUUCCUUCACCAUGGACCAUUCUAUCUCUAACACAGAGCCUGGAUCAAAGAGAGGAAAAUGUAUUUUGAUAUAGCACAUUACCAUGAAAUUGGCUGUCACUGUUCAUGUCUUCUCACACAUUCAAGGAAAGGUUUUUUCUUUUUUACAUGUCUAAAAUGAAUUGGCUGAGCCCAAAGAACAAAUGUAUGUUAGCACUUUCCUUCUCAUCUUCCACACAGCUACCAAAAAUACAUUCAAUAACAGUUAAUAACAGUUAUAUAAGUAUAUAUAUAUAGAUAUAUAUCAAAUAUAUCCUGAAAAGAGGGGCUGAGUAGAAGACGAAAAGAAGGCAGAAACAUCGAAAUCACACAGCUUACUGUACAUUUCACAGAAUCACUUUGUUUACUCUCAUCAUGUAAUCAUCAACCCCAAAGACUUCCAGUUCAUCCAAGCACACAGAUCAACAAAAAGAGAACAAAAGAGAAGUCAGAGGAUGAAUCAGGAAAAGAAAUAAAAAUAACUUUUUUUUUUUGUUUUUUUAGGAGAAAACUGUAUUGCAUAGAUUUGUCUGUACAGAUGUAAACUCUCUUAAGUUUGGCUUUGUAAACUAUGCACUGUAUAUUCCAUAUAGUUUGAAGAGGUAUGUUCAGCAUGAUGCAUCAGGAGAGACUCAAGGGACCUGAUGGAAAUGAGAUGUGCCAGCAGGGUGAAUCUGCCUUCCCCCUUCCCCCUGACCUGCAAACAGAGGUGAAUGAAACGGGGGGGGGGGGGGGGGCGC